AUGUUGGACAUCGCUUUCCAAGCGCCAUGGCUCUACGGCACCAUCGCCCUGUUCGUGCUGAUCGCUGGGCUGCUCUUCGCCAGCAUGAAGUUCCUAGGGCGUUACAUCGCGGAUCAACAGAUGGAGCGCGUGCAUCCGCCUAACGCCCGGAAGCUCUCGAACGAGGACUUUGAAGCGUUAUGUUGCCGCACCGGCCUCACCAGAGCAGAGAUCUCUCGGCUCUACAUGAGCUUCAUGAGAAUUACCGAUGGGAACUCCAACGAGAAUGCUGAAAAGAUCAUCCAGGAGGUUCCUUAUUUCCAGGGCCCCUUGCAAGAUCGCAUGGUCUCAGCUCUGAAGCUGCCGGAAGAACUGGACUUUGUGAUUUUAGCCUCGGCUUUGAGCGUCUUCAGUGAAAAGGCAGCUCUGGACGACAAGAUGAGGUUCUUGUUCCGUUUGUAUAGCUCUGAAGCCUCAGGCACUGUCUCCAAGCAGGAUUUGACGAAGUUGUUGGAUGAUGUGCUGCCGGAGUUUCCAGAUGAGGAGGAGAGGAGUACCUUGAUCGAGCGAGCAGUUGAAGGAACCUUUGAAGAGCUUUGUGGGAGCAGUGAAGACCAGGAACUUGGCAUGGAACAAUUCCAGAUGGUCCUUGGCAGUGCCUGGCGCGUGCUUCUGGAGUUUCUGAUGAUGGCUUUGUACAUUGCUUUCUGGUUGGCAGCCCCGAUGCCGGUGGGGACGCAAAUGGAGGAGCUAUUUAGGCGAUACAUCAUGCUGAAGGGUUUGGCCUGCUGUGGCUACGGUCUGUGUGUCGGUGUCCUGCUUGGCAGCUUAGGCGUGGACUUGGCGCCCUUCUUCGGGCUCUUCGCCUUCCUUUUGAGCUUUGUACCGGAGGUCGGUGCCAUUGUGGCAUUGCUGCUGCCGGCGCCCGUGAUCCUCUUUGACAGUCGCCUGGAAUCUCCUGGCAUGACCCUUUUUGUCGCCACCUCGGCGCAGCUGGGCUUGAAGUUCGUCUUCGCCAAUGUGGUCGAGGUGAAGUUGGUGGAAGCGGAUCAGCUCAUGAAGCUGCAUCCUGUGGUGAUCCUUAUGGCCGUGACCUUCUUUGGGUUCAUCUGGGGUCCCACAGGGAUGUUGCUGGCCGUACCGCUGGUGGCCUACUUCAAGGCGGCUUUGCUCUCCAAGACGGUGCCUGCUUGUUACCGGGACCCGGUCCUGGUGAUCUUGGAGGGGGACCGCCUGGCGCCCGUGAAGUAUGCUCGCAAAAUCCCAGGUCUCACCACUGGCAUUGAGAUGAUGCCAAUGGAAGGCUCUUCAGCUGAUACCUUGGCGGAAGAGGUGUGUGAGGACAGAUGA